AUGCGGGUACGAGCCUGUACGAGCGCGCCCCUGCAGCUGGGCAGGCGGACGCUGGACUGCGACAAUGCGAAGAGGAUGCGACAAUGCGACGAUGCGAAGGGGAUGAAGGGGAUGGGCAUGAAGGGGAUGGGGAUACAAACGAAGGGAUACGGGGGAUACGAACGAAGGGAUAUGGGAAGGGAUGUGGGGAUACGAAUGGAAUGGAAUGGAGGCAGUGGGUGGGGUGUAAUGACUGAAAUUUUGGUGAGAUGCGUCGCUGGCAGGUCCUCUAUAUCAACCCCGUCCCUUCCUGACAUCCACUCUCACCACGCCAACCUCUAUGCCUUCUUCGCAUUGACGGCGACACUCCUUUACUUAUGCGUGGUCACUGGAACCGCAUUUUCGCCCCUUUACGGUUUUAUACUGUCAUGCCCAACGACGGCUACCAUCUUGGACGGCAACGCAAUUGCAAAAUCAAUACGCGAUGAAGUCGGAGGCCGUAUCAGGUCCAUUCAAAGCACGUUCCCUCGAUUCAGGCCUCAACUCGCGGUCGUGCAGGCCGGCGCUCGCCCUGAUUCCUCGACGUAUGUUCGUAUGAAAGCGAAGGCUGCAGAGGAAGUUGGUAUCUCCUUCAAUCAUGUGUCCGUGCCGGCGGAAUCCACCAUGGAAGAAAUCGUCGAAAUCGUCCAGAAACUCAACGCCAACGAAGCGAUCAGUGGUAUUUUGGGUGAGCGUACCGUUACGGAAUCCAUUAGUCCGGAGAAGGAUGUUGACGGUUUUCAUGCGUACAACAUCGGCCACCUCUCAUCCAAGGCUUCUGAUCCGUUGUUCUCACCUUGCACUCCCGCGGCUGUGAUAAGAUUACUCGAGGAGACAGGGAAAUUGUUGCCCGGCGCACAUGCUGUAGUCCUCGGUCGUAGCGAUAUCGUCGGCAGCCCAGUUGCAUCCAUGCUUCGCAACAAGGACGCCACAGUGACCCAAUGCCACAGCCGUACCAAAGACAUUGAAGGCAUCGUCAAGACCGCGGACGUUGUCGUCGCUGCAAUCGGUCGGGCACGACAUCAGGAGAGGAGAGGAUAA